UGGCAUGGUCCACAGCACCGCAGGCCAGGGCAGUCAGCCUCUGCUGAGGGCGGGCAGAGAUGGGCAUCAGGCCCUGCGCCACUGAAGAGGCUUUGCGGUUUGUGCUGGUUGCAUUGCGACAUAGGUUUUGAACGGAGGCAAUCUGAUUUGAGAGGGAGGUGGGGCACCUUCCCGCCUCCCACCUAGGACUGUCCCACAUACAAAACCUUUGCUAAUAGAGUCUGCACAGGGGCUGUAGGAGGAACCGAAGAGCCCUGGCACCUGAACUGAAUAAAGGGCGGUGAGGGGACAGAGGCAGGACGCUCUUGGUCAUUCAUUGCAAGGCUCGUUUUUUUGUGUGUUUUUUUUUUCAGAGACUUGUCUGAAUUUUAUGUAGCUCUUAGGCUGGUGAAAACAGAAGCUUUUCCUUUAUAAGCUUGUAUCUCUGUUUCCUUGGCAAAGACCCAUCUGCUUUAUCCUGAUCAGCAGGUUAUUCAGUAACUGCCUUUCCUGCUUCCUCCCCAUUCGCUGCUUCUUUGAAAUAAGAAGUGGGAAUUUUCCUCACCAAUAACCUGGUUUUCCUCAUGGUAACCGCGGCACCUGGCUGAUGAGCAGGGCGUUGAGGCCACCGAGUGAGGCCGGGGCGCAGACCUGGGAAGUGGAGGACGAUGACAUGGCAGAAGGCGACUUAGGGUACGGCCUCGGGAGAAGGCCCGGCGGUAUUUAUGAAGUGCCAGUUUCACACUUGGUCACAUCUAGAAGAAGAUCAGAUGAGACGAACUGUAGCCCUCCCCCGUUUCCCAGGAAGGGGGAAGAAAGAAGUGGUGCUGUUUGUCAGCGUUCCAGGCCUCAAGACACAUACCAUGAAGGGCCCAGGACCCCCCAUCACAGACGACACAGUAGCACUGAUUCUAAUUCGGAAUUGCCAAAUGUAGAGUUAAAGCAACGUCUUGAUGAAACAUUAGAGGAGGUAGAAAAUUUAAAAACUGAACUGGAGGCCUCUCAAAGACAACUGGAAGGUAAAGAGGCAGCACUGAAAAUUCUUCAAAGCAUGGCAAUAUUUGGCAAAGCCACAAGUCAUACCCAGGCAGUAUUUCAAAAAACUGUGGACGAAAAGAGAUCCUUGGAGAAGGAAAUAAAUGCCUUGCAGUGGAAAAUAGAAUUUGAUCAGAAUAGAAUUAAAAAUAUAGAGGAAACUUGGACCCAAAAAUAUGACAGGCUAAACUGUGAAAAUGCAGUCCUCAAAGAGACUUUGAAACUAAAAACAGAAGAAAUUAAAAUGCUGAAGUCUGAAAAUGCAAGCUUGAAUCAACAGUAUUUGGAAGCCCUUGCUAUGCUUGAAAUCAAACAGCAGAAGAUGGUUCAGGAAAACACGUGCGAUGCUAAAAGUGACUUUACAGAGUUUUCAGGCCUUGAGCUUUCGGUACUUGGAGCCUGCCUUUGUCAUGGUCCUGGAGGGAGCCCCUGUUCCUGUGCCAAAAUGGCGGCAUCUGCUCAGAAAAGGAUUCUUCAGCUCAAACAAGAGCUGGAACUUUUGCAGAAGAGAAAAGAAGAAGCUUACAUAAUGGCAGAUGCAUUCAGAAUUGCAUUUGAGCAACAAUUAAUGAGGAAAAAUGACCAGGCACUAAUAUUGACACAAAUGGAUAAUAAAAUGUGUAAAAAAGAAACAAAAUGGAUAAAUUUGAAGCACCUUAAAGAGAAUGGAUCACUAUCACAAAGGACUAAGAAGACCUUAGGGCAGAAACUGUUGGGUAUGCUCCCUGCAGAAAACAGUUCUAAGAAGACUGAAGACCAGGAUAAUCCUCAGGAAGUCUUUAAGAUGCUAAUAGAUUUGCUGAAUGAUAAAGAAGAAGCUUUGGCUCAUCAGAGAAAAGUUAGCUACAUGCUUGCUCGGGCACUGGAAGACAAAGACAUAGGCUCAAGAGAGAAUAAAGAAAAAAAUCCCAUGAAAGACAAUUUUCCAUUAAAACACCCCAAGCAGAAAACUUCAGAAUUCUGUGUUUUGCAUGAUCCUGUACAUUCAAGUGUUCACAUUUUUAAUUCUGUGGGCUGUGUUUGUUCAAUCCAGCACCUUCAUACAGAUCAAAACUAUAGAAGAACUCUGAAAAGAUCUAAUUCUUUGCCACGAAAUAUCAUCUUUUGAAGAUAAACCAGUUGAAAUUAGAACUGAGAACUGUGUAUGUCAAGAGACUUUGAAAAAGGAUUGUGUAAACAUUGCCACAUCUUCAGAAAUUGUAUGUUUUCCGGGUUUUCUAAAUUUUAGGAGGCAGCUUAAAUACUCAAAUGUUUUCUAUAAGAAAUUUUUUAGUAUUCUGUGAUGACAUUUAUAAAUUACAUUACUAUAUUUUAUAAAAUCUUCAUUAUUUGCCAACUUCUUAAACACAAAAAUAUUUUGAGAAAAGCAAAAAAUUAUUUAACUAUUUAGAAUGACUAUGGGGAUCUUUGACUGGCUCAAGCAAGAAUAUAAUGUAAAUUAAUGCUCUAAGAAAUAACAAUACCUACGAGUGAUGGAAUGUUAAUUUUUGAAAUACAUUUAUCAUGUUUUA